AUGGACUACCCUGGUCGUGCAGCCAUGUUCAAUUUUCCGGGCCAGGGCCAAAUGGGGGGCCAGAUGCCAAGCCACAGCUUGGCCCUGAACCCAUUCGCUCUGCCUCCAGGAAUGCCGGGGAUGCCGCAGGAGCAGCAAAUGGCACAGGCGACUGCUGCUAUGCGUCUCCCUCCGCAGGCCCCACCGCCAGAGCCUCCAAAGCCUGCCGCGUCGAACAAGACCCAGGAAGAGCUGCUUGAUGAGAAAGCACGAAAGUGGCAGUCCUUGAACGCGAAGCGGUAUGGAGAGAAGCGCAAGUUUGGCGUUGUUGAGCAGCAGAAGGAGGACGACAAGCCCAUGCACGACUGGCUCAGCUCGAAGACUGGGGACAAGGUGCUCCCUCGGACAGUGGCUGCCAGGCCCCGGCCGGCUGCUAUCCUUACCGAUGGCGAGUCGGUGCGGCAAAAGCGGCCCUACAAGGCCCUCCUCACGAGGCCGCACUCCUUCACGCCCGAGGCCGUGUGGCAACGCUGGUACCGCAAGUUGCGCCGGGCCAAAGAGGUCGCACCGGUGGAGAAGGACGCAGAGAAGAAACUUCCCGGCAAGUCUGGCCGUAAGGGUGCGCGACUGGCAGGUUCCCCCGACUUGCUGACCUUGGCUGGCAAGGAGCGCGACGCUGGCAAAGCCUUCGACUUGCUGCCCUGCCUGCUGGGCAGAUCUCACAUUCUCAACGAGGUGCUCGUCAACAAGACGUUUCCGGAUGACUUGUGGGAGGAGAGACUCGAGCACUUGCGGAGCUUCUGGAAGGUCAGCAGCAAGGCUGAUGAGAGUGCGGAGAUAGAGGUCAGAUAG